AUGUGUUGUUGGGACUUACACAGGCUCUAUAAUCACAUCUGGCUGCUCUCUACUAGGCAGAAGCUGAAGAAGAUUGUCACUCUGACUUGGUAAGAACUGAUGACAAUGAAAGGUCUGGUGAAGCAAAUCUUCAGGCAGAGCUCCAGAUGUUCAGAGCUCAGUGGAUGUUUGAGCUGGCCCCAGGUAUGAGUUCUAGUGGGCUGGAACCUCUGCCAUGCAGAGCGUCUUCAAGAGGACCUGGAGUAAAGUCUGUAGAUGCCAGAGGGAAACAGGAGAUAGCAAAAGAGGAAAAGGCAAAAGAACUUUUCCUGAAGGCAGUGGAAGAAGAACGAAACGGGGCACUUUAUGAAGCCAUCAAGUUUUAUCGUCUGGCUAUGCAGCUUGUGCCUGACAUAGAGUUUAAAAUCACGUACACACGGUCCCCAGAUGGUGAUGGUGUUGGAAAGAGGUGUGUUGAGGAUAACAAAGAAGAUGACAAAAUGGCUGAUCUCCUGUCAGAUUUCCAGCAGCAGUUAACUCUUCAGGAAUCUUCAGUCAAACUUUGCCAGCCUGAGGUCGAUGUCAGCCAGACCCAUAUCUCAGUGCUGCCUCUGGAAGUGCUCAUGUACAUUUUCCGAUGGGUGGUUUCCAGUGACUUGGACCUAAGAUCAUUAGAGCAAUUAUCUCUGGUUUGUCGAGGAUUUUACAUUUGUGCCAGAGAUCCUGAAAUCUGGCAUCAAGUCUGUUUGAAAAUAUGGGGCAGGAGCUGCAAUAAACUUGUUCCAUAUGCCUCUUGGAGGGAAAUGUUUUUGGAAAGGCCUCGCGUUCGAUUUGAUGGUGUAUAUAUCAGCAAGACAAAAUACAUACGUCAAGGAGAACAAUCUCUUGAUGGUUUCUAUAGAGCAUGGCACGAAGUGGAAUAUUACAGGUAUUUGAGAUUCUUUCCAGAUGGUCAAGUGAUGAUGCUAACAACUCCUGAAGAUCCUCAAUCUAUAGUUCCUCGCUUACGGACAAAAAAUACAAGAACGGAUGCAAUCUUGCUUGGCCAUUAUCGCCUUUCCCAGGAAACAGACAAUCAAACCAAAGUAUUUGCUGUAAUAAUGAAGAAAAGGGAAGAGAAACCGAUGGACUACCACAAGUACAGGUAUUUCCGCCGCGUUCCUGCACAAGAAACAGAUCACAGUUUCCAUGUAGGACUGCAGUUGUGCUCCAGUGGGCGCCAGAGGUUCAACAAACUUGUCUGGAUACAUCAUUCUUGUCAUAUAACUUACAAAUCGACUGGUGAGACAGCUGUUACUACUUUCGACAUUGACAAAAUGUACACCCCUUUGUUCUUUGCACGAGUGAAGAGUUUCACUGCAUUUUCGGAGAAGCCGCUCUAAGAAACAUCUUUUCCUCUCACAACUCUUGCAUGAAUGAAAGGUUGUAGCUAAUGAGCACUUAAGUUAUAAAUGUGUAUAUAUUUGGAACAUUUUAAAAUUCUGGAGAGUUUUUUGAAAGCAAUACGUUCUGUUUGAUUAUGAAUGGCUGGGAUGUUGUUUUGAAAUCAAGCUUAUGACCAUUAAGCACCUUUACUUUGCGACAAGAAUUUGAUAACAAAGUUUUGUGGUUUGCCUUGGUUUUUUUUAAAGAGAUUUUAUAAAUCGCUUCAUUUAAAAUGUGAGUCGUCAUCUGCCUGGAUGCAGGUUUGUCCAAAAGGAAUUGUUACAGGAAAACCUCACUGU